AUGUCGAGCCGCUGGAAAGGCGAAUUUUGGAUCAUCGCGUUUGAACUCUUCAAGCAUCUUCAAUACGGAAUGAAAGGGCUCGGUCGCCAAGACGUAGAGACAAACUCUACUCGUGCGAGCUUCGCUAGUUGGCUAUCUCUGCACAAUGAAACUGUCAAUAUUUAUUCGCAUUUACUACCUGGUAUUCUUUUUCUGGUGGCCGAAGGUGUGAUGUAUCGGUACCUUCAUGCCCGGUAUCCCAAUGCUACAAUCAUUGAUCAUGUUGUUUUUGCAUUUUUCCUUUUUACGGCAGUAAUAUGCCUGGGUCUGUCGGCUACGUACCAUACCUUGAUGAAUCAUUCGGCCCAGGUCUCAAGUGUAUGGCUACGACUUGAUUUUUUAGGAAUUAUUGUUUUAACCCUGGGAGACUUCGUGUCUGGGAUUGUCAUGGUUUUCUACUAUGAACCUGUUUUACAAAAGAUAUAUUGGGCCAUGAUAAUCACGCUCAGCUUGGUAACAGCAUUCAUACUAGUGCAUCCAAAGUAUCAAGGUCUCCGCUGGCGAACCUUCCGUGUUUGUGUUUUUGUCGGCACUGGGUUAUCAGGUUUCGUGCCUCUUAUCCAUGGAAUCAAGCUAUUUGGGUUUGCGCAAAUGUUGAAACACUCUGGUAUAGCAUAUUACCUUGAAGGACUAUUAUUAAUACUGGGUGCACUCUUCUAUGCGUUGCGAAUUCCCGAAUCAUUGAAACCUGGCAAAUUCGAUAUAUUCGGAAGUUCCCAUCAAAUUUUCCAUGUCCUUGUGGUGCUUGCCACAGUGGUACACUUGAUUGGUAUUCUGUUCGCAUUUGACUACAACUACCACUAUCGAAGGUGUUGA